UGUCAAUUUAGGACCUUCUGCCAACCCACAGUGCUGCUCGCCAAAUUAAAAGCCACCAAGAAGUUUUAUGCUGUCAAAGUUCUGCAAAAGAAAGUCGUCUUGAAGAAGAAGGAGCAAAAGAACAUCAUGGCAGAAAGAAACGUGCUGCUGAAAAGUCUCCAGCAUCCUUUCCUGGUGCGCCUGCAUUAUUCCUUCCAGACUGCAGAGAAACUCUACUUUGUGUUGGAUUACGUCAAUGGAGGCGAGCUCUUCUUCCACCUGCAGAGAGAAAGAUGCUUCACAGAACCUCGAGCCAGGUUCUACACGGCAGAAGUAGCGAGCGCCAUCGGCUACCUGCACUCCCUCAACAUCAUCUACAGGGACCUGAAGCCAGAAAAUAUCCUUUUGGACGCCCAGGGUCACGUGGUGCUGACAGACUUUGGUCUCUGCAAAGAAGGGGUGGAGCCUGAAGGAACAACUUCCACCUUCUGUGGGACACCAGAAUAUUUGGCCCCAGAAGUUCUCCGCAAAGAAGCAUAUGACAGAACAGUAGACUGGUGGUGUUUGGGAGCUGUUCUCUAUGAGAUGAUCUACAGUCUGCCUCCCUUCUACAGCCGAGACGUGGGUGAGAUGUACGACGCCAUCCUGCACAAGACUCUUGUACUUCCUGCAGGGAAGUCUGAGGCCGUCUGCUCGCUGCUGGAGGCACUUUUGCACAAGGACCCACACAGACGACUGGGAGCCAUCGCUGACUUUCUGGAAGUCAAGAAUCAUCCUUUCUUCUCUGCCAUCAACUGGGAUGACAUUUUCCACAAGAGAAUUCCUCCGCCUUACAACCCAAACGUGCGAGGACCAGCAGAUACACAGAACAUCGAUCCAGAGUUCACCAGAGAGAACGUGUCUAACUCCAUGAGUCGCACGCCAGAAUUCAACGCCAGCUUCAACGCCAACAACGCCUUCAAGGGCUUCUCUUACGUGGCCAACGAGGAGAACUUCCUGUGACCAUCUGAUCCACUUCCUGUGACAGUUUGCUCUACUUCCUGUGACAAUUUUCUCUACUUCCUGUGACCAUCUGCUCUACUUCCUGUGACCAUCUGAUCCACUUCCUGUGACAGUUUGCUCUACUUUCUGUGACAAUUUUCUCUACUUCCUGUAACCAUCUGCUCUACUUCCUGUGACCAUCUGAUCCACUUCCUGUGACAGUUUGCUCUACUUCCUGUGACAAUUUUCUCUACUUCCUGUGACCAUCUGCUCUACUUCCUGUGACCAUCUGAUAGAUAGUACUUUAUUGAUUCCUUCAGGAGAGCUCCUUCAGGAAAAUUAUGUGGUCCACUUCCUGUAACCAUCUGCUCUACCUCCUGUGACAAUUUUCUCUACUUCUUGUGACCAUCUGCUCUACUUCCUGUGACCAUCUGCUCUACUUCCUGUGACCAUCUGCUCCACUUCCUGUGACCAUCUGCUCUACUUCCUGUGACCAUCUGCUCUACUUCCUGUGACAUCUGCUCUACUUCCUCUUCUAUAGUUGACUAUCUAAUUCAGACCCAGCCCUACGGUUAACAAAGGUACUGUGGGCUGUAAUACACUUGUCCACCACUGGUGGCAGUAAUGACAACAUCACACAAGUACUCAGGUGUAAUACACUUGUCCACCACUGGUGGCAGUAAUGACAACAUCACACAAGUACUCAGGUGUAAUACACUUGUCCACCACUGGUGGCAGUAAUGACAACAUCACACACAGAAGACGUCUGGAGCCCAAAAUUAUGACCAAAGUGUUAAAACGUUUUCAUUUGUACUUUGAUGUUAAUGACAUUUGAUUUAAUAAACAUAUUCCUUGUU